AUGGUGCAGGAGAGUGGCUGGCGGGGUAAUGCUGAAUCUGCUUGGGUCUCCUUGGGUCUCGCCGGCAAGGUCACUGCUGGACGACUGGGCCUCGCCUGGCGGCACAUCCACAUGCUGCCCAUCCGCGCUGGCAGUGACCACGGCAUCACCGAGCUGCCAGCCCAUGCGCCCACAGACCCGCCCAUCGGGGCGCCUGUCCUGCCCACAGGCACUGCUGGGAAAGCCGCCGCCAUGCAGGGGGUGCAUGGGUUCACUGGAAAGCCUGAGUGGCAUUUUUCGGUUAAAUCUUAUGUAAAUCUGGCUCCAUCCUUCUUCAUGGUGCUAAUUGGAUUGCCCCGAGCUGCUUCAUUUUUCCCACACAGGCUUGGGCAGCCCCGCACGGCACCAUGCUGCUCCACAGCCCGGGCUGCAGAGCUGCAGGGAACCAAAACCCUGGUGGGCAGGGAAACCUGGAGCUGCAGCCGCAUCACCUCCUCGGUGUGCCCGGGGUCCCCGCCCCAGCCGCCUCCCACGCUGCUAAUGUGCUGUCCCCUUCCCUCCCUCCCAGAGCUCCUCGGAUCGGCAAAGAAAGUCAACGUCAACUUUCAAGACACCGACGGGUUCUCGGCUCUGCACCAUGCGGCGCUCAACGGCAACACGGAGCUCAUCUCGCUGCUGCUGGAGGCGCAGGCUGCAGUGGACAUCAAGGACAACAAAGGCAAGCGGCCCCUGCACUAUGCGGCUGGGCAAGGCAAGAAGGAGCCCAUGAAAAUGGUGCUGAAAGCGGGUUCCUCUGUCAACAUCCCAUCGGACGAGGGCCAGAUCCCCCUGCACCUGGCGGCACAGCACGGGCACUACGACGUGUCAGAGAUGCUCCUGCAGCACCAGUCCAACCCCUGCAUCAUGGACAAUUCGGGGAAGACACCCCUGGACUUGGCAUGCGAGUUUGGCCGGGUUGGGUGCCACGGGGAUGAGGUCCGUGGCUCCUGGGUCGCAGCCAGCUCUGUGGUGGUGUUUACCAGGGUGUGGGGUUUCAUAGCCAUCCUGUCAGCUGCAGCCCUGGGCCCUGUGCAUUGGGGUUCAUGGGAGACUGUAACAAUCCCCCAACAGUACCAAAAGAUCCCGCUCCCGGCUUACGGGGCUGCUGUGCUAAACGGUGACGCCUCGUCCCAUCCGUUCCAUUCCCUGCCUCCACCUCCACCUCCACCACCACAUUCCCAUCAGACUCUUUUCAGUUCCUUUGGCUAUCACAGGCUCUCCCCUAGCAGUGCCGACGAGCCGCGUUACGGACAAGGGUCCCGCGGGGCCGACAUGAGCCCGUCCCACCUCUCACCGUCGCAGGGCGGAUCGGCCGCACCGGCUCCCACGGAGGAGAUCUGGGUGCUGCGGAAACCCUUUGCAGGUAUGAGCUCGGAGGCUGUGUACCAGUGGCUCUGCAAGUUCCAGCUGCAGCUCUACGCACCCAACUUCAUCAAUGCCGGCUACGACAUCACCACCAUUAGCCGGAUGACGCCAGAGGACCUCACGGCCAUUGGUGUCACCAAGCCGGGGCACAGGAAGAAGAUUGCCUCCGAGAUCAACAACCUCAAUAUCCCCGAAUGGCUGGCGGAGUACAAGCCGGCCAACCUGGCGCUGUGGCUCUCCAUGAUUGGCCUGUCCCAGUACUACAAGGUGCUGGUGGAGAAUGGCUACGAGAACAUCGACUUCAUCACCGAUAUAACCUGGGAGGACCUGCAGGAGAUCGGCAUCACCAAGCUGGGCCACCAGAAGAAGCUGAUGCUGGCGGCGCAACAGGCGGAUCUCACCUCUACUCGUCUUAUUCUUCCUAUUCUGAAUAGUAGAUGGCUCGUGGUGCUGUGA